AGAUUUUUCUGCUUCCAUCAUGGUCUCUAGCGUUGAUCAGCAUUGAUGAAACCGGGCCUUGAGUACUACGUUUGAAACUUAGGAGUCUAUAUUUACACAAUAAGAUUUUGCAAAUUGACUUCAUUGCAAUUUUGAAACAUGUCAGAUCUAUUUGACAACAGUUCCUAUUCUGACAAGGACAAUAAAGGAAUCGAUCCCGAAUUAGCAGAGCUUCUAAUGGUCGAGAAGCAAAAAGCGCAAUUCAAUGCACAGAUUCACGAGUUCAAUGAUUUUUGUUGGGACAAAUGCGUUGAUAAGCCAGGAAGUAAAUUGGAUGGCCGUACAGAAACAUGCAUAAACAAUUGCGUCGAUAGAUUUAUAGAUGUUUCCCUCUUUGUUACAAAUCGUUUUGCACAGUUAAUACAAAACUCUAUAGAUAAGAUGAAUAUUAUAUAUCAAUAG